AAGUGUCCAAACACAGAGAAAAACUCCUGCUGAAGCGACUGAUCUCCACACUGUUAUAAAGAUGGCGUUUAUUAAAGAGGAGAGUGAAGAUGUGAAGAUUGAAGAAACAUUCAGAGUCAAACAGGAAGAUCUGCAGGAACAAACAGACCUAAUUGAAGAGAAUAAGGGGAGUAAAGAGGAGGAACAUCAUGUCAAAAUUGAGGAAAAAACUCAUUCACAGACUGAUGGUAUUUUGAAAAGGACAGGCAAGAAUCGUUUCACGUGCACCUGGACUCAGUGUGGAAAGAGUUUUGGAAGAAAAGGCAGUCUUAAGAUUCACAUGAUAAUCCACACUGGAGAGAAACCAUUCACAUGCACUCAGUGUGGGAAGAGUUUCAGCCAUUCAUCACACCUUAAGGAACACAUGAUGAUCCACACUGGAGAGAAACCAUUCACAUGCACUCAGUGUGGGAAGAGUUUCAGCUGCUCAUCACACCUUAAUCACCACAUGAGGAUCCACACUGGAGAGAAACCAUUCACCUGCACUCAGUGUGGAAAGAGUUUUGGAAGACAAAGCAGUCUUAAAAUUCACAUGAGGAUCCACACUGGAGAGAAACCAUUCACAUGCACCCAGUGUGGGAAGACUUUCAGCCAAAUAUCAGCCCUUAGCAAACACCAAAAAAUCCACACUGGAGAGAAAUCUUUCACAUGCACUCAGUGUGGGAAGAGUUUCAGCCAAUCAUCAUCCCUUAAUAGUCACAUGAGGAUUCACACUGGAGAGAAACCAUUCACAUGCACUCCGUGUGGGAAGAGUUUCAUCCGCUCAUCAUCCCUUGAUCUACACAUGAUGAGCCACACUGGAGAGAAACCCUUCACAUGCACUCAGUGUGGGAAGAGUUUUAACAGAUCAUCACACCUUAAUCAACACAUGAGAAUCCACACUGGAGAGAAACCAUUCACAUGCACUCAGUGUGGGAAGAGUUUCAAUCAACCAUCAAACCUUAAUCAACACAUGAGGAUUCACACUGGAGAGAAACCAUUCACAUGCACUCUGUGUGGGAAGAGUUUCAUCCAAUCAUCAUCCUUUAAUCUACACAUGAGGAUUCACACUGGAGAGAAACCCUUCACAUGCACUCAGUGUGGGAAGAGUUUCAGCCAAUCAUCACACCUUAAUGAACACAUGAUGAUCCACACUGGAGCAAAACCAUUCACAUGCACUCAGUGUGGGAGGAGUUUUAAGUACUCAUCAAACCUUAAUCAACACAUGAGGAUCCACACUGGAGAGAAACCAUUCACAUGCAGUCAGUGUGGGAAGAGUUUUAAGUACUCAUCAAACCUUAAUCAACACAUGAGGAUCCACACUGGAGAGAAACCAUUCAAAUGCACUCAGUGUGGGAGAAGUUUUAGCAAAUCAUCAUCCCUUAAUCUUCACAUGAUGAGCCACACUGGAGAGAAAUCAUUCACCUGCUCCUAAGCCGUGGUCACACUGGACUUUUCUCCCCAUAGACUUCCAUUCAUAAGCACGUGAAUGCGUCAGACCGGAAACGCAAGUUCUUGCAUCAAGUUUCGCAGUUCACUGCCUUGCAAAGUUCAAACUUUGUGAACUCUGACCUGCGAAAUCGCAUAACUUGACUGUGUGAGACCAAUCGAAGAUCAAAACAUGACCUCGCUGGACCAAAAUGUAAAAUAUGGACCAAUCGCUCACUUUUUUUUAAAUGUCUAAUCAUCUUGUUUAAUCCCGCCCCUUUUCGCAGAGCUGUACAACAGAAUUUUGCAUGCUCAAACUCUAGUGUGACCGCAGAUUCAGUGUGAGAUGAGUUUCAGCAACUCCUUAGACCUUAAACACAUGAAGAUCCACACUGCUGUGAAAGAGUAUAUGUGCUUGAGUGUGAAAAGACUUUUAUUACAGCUCCAAAAUUGAAACUGCACCAGACAGUUCACACUGGAGAGACAGUACAAGUGUUCACACUGUUACAAGAGGUUU